GGUAGCACCACGCAGCAACAUUGUGAAUGACAAAACGAAAGAAGUGUAAAAAAAUUGUUAAAAUUUGCAAUUGUGAAAAGCAUCAAAUUGGCUGCCGCAACAAUACGACCGGUACUCGUACCAAACGUUAAAUCUAUUAAAUCAUAUAGCAAAAUAGUGAAAUGAAUGUUCCUCCUAGCGCUGGCAAUGGCAAUGCAGCGAUGCCGAUGCCGCCAGCCGCCGCAAUGGGCGGCAUGGGAUACACGCACACGCCGGGAAUGGUGCCAGUGCCACCAUUCAAUCUGCCGCCGCCCGGCUUUGGUGCACCGCCGCCACCGGAACUAGCAGCCGCAUUUGGUGCCCUCGCUUCAAAUACGGAGUGGACCGAGCAUAAAGCGCCGGAUGGACGACCGUAUUACUAUAAUCAAAAUACGAAGCAGAGUUCAUGGGAAAAGCCGGAGGCGCUAAUGACGCCAGCUGAGCUACUGCACAAUCAGUGCCCCUGGAAAGAGUAUCGCUCUGAUGCAAACAAAGUGUAUUAUCACAAUGUGACUACAAAGGAGACGUGCUGGGAGCCACCGCCAGAGUAUCUUGACAUGAAGGCCAAAGCCAAGGCGGAGGAAGCAGCCGCUGCGGCUAAAGCCGUUGCCGCCAUGACAUCCUCGAGCCUAGCAGGUAUGGUUCCGCAUGUUGCAUUGGCCAAUAUUCUGCCAGCUGCGUUGCCCACAGCGCCGCGUAUACCCACGCCUGAGAUACACUCACCCCUGACACCAAGCAGUAAUGAAAAUAGCUCCUCAGCAAUGGAUCAGGCAAUGGCAGCCACUCUAGCGUCCAUCGAGGUACCACAACAGAAUGCUAAAAAGGAGGAGAAAUCUAGUGGCGAGAACAAUACGCUGGUUUUUAAAGAUAAGCGCGAGGCCAUUGAGGCGUUCAAGGAGCUACUGCGCGAUCGAAAUGUGCCCUCAACUGCGAACUGGGAUCAGUGCGUCAAGAUCAUAUCAAAGGAUCCGCGUUACAAUGCCUUCAAAACGCUAAACGAACGCAAACAAACUUUUAAUGCAUACAAAACACAAAAGCUGAAAGAUGAACGCGAGGAGUCGAGAUUGCGUGCCAAAAAGGCUAAAGAGGAUUUGGAACAGUUUCUCAUGUCCAGCGAUAAGAUGAACUCACAAAUGAAAUAUUUUCGCUGCGAGGAAGUUUUUGCGAACAAUCGCACGUGGACAACGGUACCAGAACAGGAUCGAAGAGAUAUCUACGAGGAUUGCAUCUUCAAUUUGGCCAAGCGUGAGAAGGAAGAGGCUCGUGUGCUCAAGAAACGCAAUAUGAAAGUACUUGGUGAGUUGCUAGAAUCAAUGACAUCCAUUACGUACGCUAGCACGUGGUCGGAGGCGCAGGUAAUGUUGCUGGACAAUGCGGCGUUCAAAAAUGAUGUCACGCUACUCGGCAUGGACAAGGAGGAUGCGCUUAUCGUAUUUGAGGAGCAUAUCCGUACGCUUGAGAAGGAGGAAGAGGAGGAUCGAGAACGGGAAAAGAAACGUUUAAAACGACAGCAACGCAAGAAUCGUGAUGGCUUCCUCGCUUUACUUGACUCGCUGCAUGAGGAGGGAAAACUCACCUCUAUGUCGUUGUGGGUGGAACUGUAUCCAAUUAUAUCGGCGGAUAUACGUUUCUCUGCCAUGCUGGGUCAGAGUGGCUCCACGCCACUUGAUCUUUUUAAGUUUUAUGUUGAAAAUUUGAAGGCACGCUUCCAUGACGAAAAGAAGAUCAUACGGGAAAUACUCAAAGAGAAGCAGUUUGUUGUCCAGGCGAAGACAUCUUUUGAGGACUUUGCCACCGUUGUGUGCGAAGAUAAACGCUCCGCCAGCUUAGAUGCCGGCAAUGUAAAGCUAACUUACAACUCGCUGCUAGAAAAGGCGGAAGCCAUUGAAAAGGAGCGCAUGAAGGAGGAGGUGCGGCGCUUGCGAAAAUUGGAAAAUGAAAUCAAAAAUGAAUGGCUGGAGGCAAAUGUGUCCGUGGGCGAACCCUAUGAGAGCGCCAAAAAGCUGGUCGAGCAUUUAGAGGCGUUUGCGCUGUACGAAAAAGAAAUUGGAGUGGAAAAGGUCUGGGAAGAUUUCAUCAAAGAGAGUGAAGAUGCCUGCAGCCAUCAUCAUUCGCGUUCACGUAAAUCGAAAAAGAACAAAAAGCAUAAAAAGCGUGUCCGCUCCACCUCCAGAUCAGAUAUUGAGAACGAGCUGGUUGAGCUGGAAAAAUCCAGAAAGCGACGCUCAAAAUCUCGCUCAAAUUCUCUUAGUUCAAUUGGCAGCAUUGAGAGUGAAAAGCUGUUAAAAAAGAAGAAAAAGCGCAAAAACAAAUCGAGAGCGUCGUCUUGCGAAUCCGAAAUGGGCAAUCAAACGCCAAUUACUGCUGCUGCACUGCAGCAGAACGACUCAAAUUCGCACUCACCGGCCAAAAAGAAGAAAAAAGAGAAGCGCACCAAAAAGGACAAAGAAGCCAAACGGCAUCGAAACAAUCGAUCCAUAACGCCGCUCAGUCCUGCCGCCCAAUCGGAUUCAGCGACAUCCAGAAAUGAGGAGCUAACGCUUAGCGAUGGUGAACUUGAGUCCAAACGUGCAGCGCUGCUAGCUCAGCUUAAUGAACAACUGGACGAAUGACCAGCUGCAAUCGCAAGAUCAAAAGCUAAAUUAACAACAACAGCAGUUAGCAUUAGUCAGCUAUAGCCAUAAUAUAGACAGUGCGACAGUGUGCCCUAGUUAAUAUACGUUGAUCCAAGCUCCAGCAGUUUUUAGGCCUGCUCUUCGUGGACACGCUAUAACGUAUUUAUGCUAUCGCACAUAUCAUUUGCUUUGUUCUGAAACACUCUGGCCCUAGCACAACAAAUCCCACACAACGCAGGCAAACAAAUGUAAGUUUUUCAUCAGCGAUAAGUUUGAUUGUAAAGAAAUUAUAAUAUUAUUAUAAGACAACAACAAAAUAAUAUUAUU